AUGGAGACCUUCCUGAAGUCUCUACAGCUCGUGGUGCCUGGCAUUAUAACUCGAUAUCUUCCUAUUCUUUUGUUUGGCCAGCACUUGGAAAAUGCCGUUGUGGGUGGUCUCGUGCCUGUCGUGGCAGCAAUCGUCGGCUUUUUAAUGACCUCAAACCUCUUGAUUCUCCACUUUCACGACCAAUUCUCAUUUCGACAACUUCCUUGCGGAUUUUUGGGUCUAGUGCUUGGUACGGCUAUAUUUCAUGUAAGCAUCGUCCUGUUUGGAGCUCCAGUUGUCGAUCUUUGGAUGCAAACGCUAUUGCUGGCAGUAGUACUGUCGGCUUGUACGACGAUGCCCUUGGCUCUACAUUUCGGGUGUGCACCACGCAAGUGGCUUGACCUGUUGCUGACAAUCAAUGUGACCAAUACUCAAGAGCUUUAUCUGGUAUGCUCAUCAAUCGGCGCCAUUCUGGGCGCCUACGUUGGUGCUUUGCCCAUUCCGCUCGACUGGGAUCGACCUUGGCAGCAAUGGCCGUUAACUUGUGUGUAUGGCAUAUUGCUUGGCCAUGCUGCAGGAAUUUUAGUUAGUGUUGUGGUCAGCAGCAUUUCGACGUCCCUCCCGAAGUCGACAAAGAAAGAAUAA